AUGGAUUCUGGCGACAUUCAAUAUCUCUUCAAAGAGACCCGCUUGAACAUCGAGCCUCCUGCGCCAUCGUCGAUUGUGAGCAUCCGGGUGCCCUCGAAAAAUGGCAACGGGCGCAGCCAACGACGCACUACCCACGAAUCAUUAUCUGAGGACGAGACGACGUUUCGAUUGAAAAAUCUAUCCAUCAACUCAUCAAUUUAUCAUCGCAAAUGGCACGAUACGCCUCGCAGCUUCCUCUGGCGAGUUUUGGAGGACGGAGCUGUAUUGAGCAUUCGAGCCGCCGACGUUUGCAAAAAAGACAAGACUCCCGAUGCGCCUCUUGUGCUAAACUUCAACUUUUCCGUGCCGAUUCAAUCCGGUUGUGUGGCAUUCUCUGACCCGGAAGAACACGAUGCGCUUUGCGUUUAUGUGCUGGACCAGUCUUCGCAGCUGUACACUUUUACGCUGCGACCCGAGUUCUUCAGAAAGAGGACAGCCAUCGAUGCGGUUCUUUCAGAACUUUGCAAGGUUCAGUCGCCGGCAGGACUUGGCUUCAAGAGCCCACAUAGGUUGGUGGCUGUGACGGCCAAUACUUUACUCGUUACAGUGAGCGAUGGUGGAAUGAUUCGCUUUGACAAGACAAAACAUGAUGACUCAUCGUCUGGUCUUUGGAAGGAGUCAUUCUUCAACGUUCAAGGCUGGGCUCAAAAUCUACGAAGUUUGUUGCCAUUCCAGGGGAAUCAUACGAUCAAGCACGGAAAAGUCAAUAUGGAAUACAGUGCUGCGACGUCCAUCGAAGUGACAGAUUUUGGGCUGGAAGGCUGUCUUUUUGCCAUAACAAUUUGUCUCGACCACCGAAUUCGUAUUUGGAAUGUUAAUGAUGGUCAGAUUCUUUUCACUGGUGACUUACUCAACGUGGAGCGUACGCCUCAACAGGUUGGAAAAUGGUCCAUCGACCCCUCUCAGUCAAAUCUGGUUCAACUAGUUGGACACAACCAGGGACAACGAAUUUGCGCCACGUACUCUCCCAUCGGCGUGGGCGAAUUUAAGUUUUGGAAGAUUAUUGCCAAGGACGCACACACUGUCAUUGUAGAAGAUCUCUUCCCAAAGACCACGCUAAUACCAUCUACGCCAUCAUCUUCCGAUAUCUGGACGCUGGCUGACUUCAUUCUUGCGUCACCUGCGGAAGGGUCUAUUAACCUGUGGACGCUGUGGAAGAACAACAUGUCCUACAGAGUCAAGCGACUUGAGCUGGAUAGAAAAAACAUGGCGCAGUCGUGGGAGGAAAACUGGGAUGGCGUGUACCCUGACGCUGGAACUAUGCCAGUUCAAACGUCCGGGCCGUGCGACUCAACCGAUGUGACAGAGAAAUGGCUACAGUGCAUUCUGCAACCAGGACGAUUUACAAAGGCAACACUCGAGACAGCUUUGUCGAUAUACGAGCGCGGCCUGGGGACAUCAAAGGAUGGCAGCAACGGCAAGGGUCGUGGUCUUGCUGAGUCUAUUUGCUCAGUCUUGGGUGCAACGGCUUCACUGGAGCGCGGCGCAUCGGGGGCCAUGGAUUACGAGCAGUUUAGAGCAUCUGGUGAAAUUCAAUGGCGCAGAUUCUACAGACUCUUAGCCGAGCUGGACCGUCAGCGUGGAGAGGCUAUUGGUUUGGCCUUUGAUCCCGAGACUGACAUGGCUUGGGUAAUCUGCACCGAUCUUGUCUCUGCCAUCCGACUAUGCAGUGAUUUGGAGCGGCUUUAUCACAAUCUUGGCUCUCCUGAUGAGGAGAACGCUAGCAAGGCGGCCCUGGUUAACGCCGCGCUGUCCUUUGUGGACGGUUUCUCAGACAAUCAUGUCCAGUUAGCUCAGGCUGCAUUAAGACAAGAAAUCUUCGACGAAUCAUCCAAAACCGAUUUGGAGCGCAUCCAGUACUUUUCCGACAAGGCUGGCUUCUGGAGGGGCAUCACUGAUGAGGACUGUGCACAGGUUGUUGAUGUGCUCGGCGCUAAUUUCGCCAUUGUCGACGACGAUUUGUAUGCUCAUGUUUUAGACCUGAUGGCUGCUCCCUUGGAAGCGAGACGGCGGCAUUUACGUUACCCCUUGACGGAAUUUGGGCAGAAACUCGUUAUGAAGGGCGUUCAAGAUGCCAUUGCGUUGCAAUGGAAUGUUUGCUUCAGCCAGGUAAUUCUUCUUGUUCACAUGGAGUUUGAAUUUGACAAUGAAGAGGACGCCUUGCACAACCGUGUCGAUAUUGGAUCAGUAUAUCGGAAACUCAUCAGCGCACUUAAGAGGCUGGGACUCUUGAAGUGGCUGGCACAUACCGAGUUGUCAAUCCCUCUGUCCCAUGGCGACCGAGCGUCACAGUCCAAGAAGGUUGGCGACGACAGCACCCAGACAGUGACUGCUCUCGAGGCCAACCUCGGGCACCUUCUCGGCUUUGAUAAUCUCAAAAAGGAACCUCUCUCUAGCAGCCUCGCGGAUAUCAUAACAAACCUAUGUGCGCCAGACAGCGACAUCGAAGUCUCUCCGGCACUUAUCCAAUGUGCACUCAUAAAACAAGACCGAGCCGAUUUGGCUCUUGAGCUUGUUCCGUUUAGCGACCAAAACCCAUUCUCUGUCUAUGUGCUGGGCCGAGUUCAAUUGGCACUCAACGACUUUGAGUCAGCAGCAAUCAGUUUUAGAAGGGCAGCCAUUGGAAUGGGCACUAAAACAGUCCCCAGCGACAGACACAGCUGCGGGCUCUUGGGAGAUACAGAGUGGAAUCUCCUCAACAACGGCCAGGCAAUGUAUUAUUCCCACAUUGUUGCGCAAUACGAAGCACAAAAGGCGUAUUCAUACGUGGUCGACUUUGCUAGGCUGGCGAUGCAAUUCCUGGAUGCUGUCAAGGAUAGUUCAUCUGCGAAGGUUGAGAUGCUGAGUCGUCUAUUCAAUGCUGCUUUGGUCACAUCACAAUUUGAGCUCGCUCACACAAGCCUGCUCUCCAUCAAAGACGAUGCCUUGAAGCACUCGAGCCUGCGAAAGCUUGUGGACAAGAUGUGCGAAACAUGUCACAGCAUGGAACUGGUGUCGUUGCCUUUCCCCGGCCUGCAACAAGAAGUAGAUGACAUACUAGCCGACCGGUGCCGAAAUUCGACCGAUGUAGUGCAGGGAUUCCCGUAUCAUCAAGUGUUGUACUCAUGGCGUAUCAAGCGCAACAAUUACCGCGGAGCUGCAUCAGUUCUCCUAGACCGCAUCCAGAAACUAAAACUGGCCGGCGAGGGGGAUAAGAUUACGGGCGACGAUGUUUUGGAUACUCCGGUGACACGCCAGUACUUGCUUCUUAUUAAUGCCCUCAGCUGUGUUGAACCACAGCAAGCGUGGAUAUUCGACGAGGGAGCACCAGCGCUCCACCAAAAUGGAGAUGGUGCCAGCAAACGAAAGGUGGUGUCGCUGGCAGAUAUUCGCAAACAAUACCAGAAUGAGCUUGACAGAAUUGCGGCGAUCCAGAACAACCAAUUUGGUUUCGAGGCGGGCGAUGUAAUGGAGUUAUAA